AUGGCCAUCAAAGUAAACACACUCUUGGCUUUUCCUCUCCUUCUCCUUCUCCUUCCCUUUGCUUCCUCCCACAACAUCACCACGAUCCUCUCCAACUUCCCCGAAUUCUCCUCCUUCAACGACCUCCUCAGCCGCACCGGCGUCGCCUCGCAGAUCAACUCCCGGGCCACCAUCACCGUCCUCGCCGUCGACAACGGCGCCGCCUCUGCCAUCUCCAGCCGCCCGCCCAACGAGCUCAGGAACAUCCUCGCCGUCCACGUCGUCCUCGACUACUACGACGCUGACAAGCUCCAGAAGCUCGCCAACCACACCGCCAUCCUCACCACCCUCUUCCAGACGACCGGCCUCGCCGCCGGCCACAACGGCUUCCUCAACGUCACCGACACCGGGAACAGCCAGGUCGCCUUCGGCUCCGCCGCCCCUGGCUCCGGCCUCGUCUCGAACCUCGUCAAGGUGGUCGCGGAGCAGCCGUACAACAUCUCUGUUCUCCAAGUUAGCAGCGUCGUCGUGCCUCCUGGCAUCGACGGCGCCGCCAAUAAUGGCUCCGGUAACAGCUCGGCCACCGGGGCUCCCGCACACGCGCCGCCUUCGGGAGAUCCGGCGCCAGAAAAAGCACCAUCGCCUGCGGGUGACGCUCCGCCGGCGGGAUCUCCGGCAUCUGAAAAGGCGCCAUCGCCUGCAGGUGACGCUCCGCCGGCGGGAUCUCCGGCAUCUGAAAAGGCGCCAUCGCCUGCAGGUGACGCUCCGCCGGCGGGAUCUCCGGCAUCUGAAAAGGCGCCUUCGCCUGCAGGUGACGCGCCGUCGUCGGAGGCGAGUGCUGCACCGUCUUCAGGCUCCUCUGACGCGUCUCCCGCCCCCGCGGCGGAUGGGCCGAGCGAUUCUCCGGCGGAGGGACCUGGAGGCGCCGGGGACGAAGCGGCAGAUGGGGCUGGGAAUCAUUCGGCGGCGGAGAAGGCGGUGGCCGGGCUCGCCGGAGUUGCUGCGGCGAUAAGCUUUGCGGCGUUGGGUUCUCUGUAAUUAGCUGCCGAAGACGGCGAAAUUUUUUUUGGAAAUUAUACAAUAAAUGAUUAAAAAUUUAAUAAUUCUUUUUUAUUUCAACCUCGUGUAAUUUUUUUUAAAAAUAAUUUUCAUGAAUUAAUUAUC